CCUCUGUGUGUAUGUUUUAUAGAGAAUUAGAUUUUCCAUGCCCAGAACGUCCAUGUGAUUUAGAUAUCUGUUCAUUUUAGACUGUUACGGCGGCACUAUGAUCGGGUGUGUAUGUUAUGGAGCAUCUCUUCAAUGCUCCGUAUGUGGACUAUGCAUCUUUCACAGAGAGCUUCCCGAGAUGGGUUCCAUCCGUACAGACCUGUCCUCCUUUUCUGGCAACAGACUGGCUCGGAGUGCGUAAAGGUCCAGCUGUGUUUGGUCUCAUCGGGGUCCAGUUUCUUGGCUCCUAUGCCAGGCUCCAGCGGUAGACACAGGCCUUAGCAGCCUCCGGGUCAGAGCCGCCAGCCAGAAGCAGCCUGGCGGAGGCGGAAGGGUCGGCCGCUGCCAUGGGAACACCGCAUGCCCAGCAGAGGGGAGGCCCUUAGGAGAAAGGUCUGGUUCCCGCAGCCUGGGCAGCACCUCGGACUCCGACUGCUCUUCGAGGUCUCCCACAAACUCACGGGGAGAAGAGCAAUUGGGCAGGUCUGGGUCUCGGUGAGGCAGUCUCCACUGCUCCGGCCAGCAGGGGUCAUCCCGUCCUACGCGGGGACCCAGCAGCCCUCGGGAGGCGACCGGAGCUGCCGGCGCCGCUGGGCGAGGAGCUACGCCGUUGGGGAGCGCCAGGUUUCCUCUCCCCGGAAUCCUGGGGCGGACCGGAGCCGGGACCAGGAGGACGGCGAACUGGACCGGAGACUCCGAGCCCUCUCCACCGGGCCGGGGCACCGAGGGCUCCAGGCACGAGUUGGGGAGCGGCCCAGGCGCCCGCGUCAUCCACCGGCGGCCGACACGCCUUUGUCUCGGGCCUCCCCUAGAGCGGCCACUGCGAGCACGGCGCGGGGCUGCGGCGGUGAACGGGGCAAGGCCGGGGAGUCCCGCGGCGGCCCACGCGGGCCGCAGGCCUCUCCGCGGAAAACCGGCAACUCUGUCAACCGAGGCAGACACAGAAGGGCGGCCGCUCCGGCCUAAGGCUCAGCACGUGCACGGCCGUGGGAUCCCGGACCUGUCCACCACCUCACGCAGAAUUACACAGGAACCUUCCGCGCCUCCAGAUAUAACCAUGAUUUGGGAAACUAAUGACUCCAGGAGAAGAAUAAAAUGAAGAGGUUUUCUUAAAUAUAAAAUCGGUAUGGACUACAUCCUUCUGAGGAUUUGGUGUGAAGAUCAAAGGGGUUCAAUGUAUGAAAAAACAUUUGGAAACUGUAAACCACAACACCACAAAGAUCUCUCUGCCUCCCUCACCUACCCAUACUUCUCUCUGUCAAGAAAGGCUCUGUUCAAAGGGGC